CAUCUUCCUUUAACAUGAAGACUGGCACAAACUUUUUCGAAACCUUAUUAAAUGCAAUUAAUGCGAUUUCAGGAUAUGGCUAUCUUGCCAUGCCAUUUGCCCUCGCUCAGGGUGGAUGGUUGAGUUUAGCCGCUCUCUUAACCAUAGCAGCCAUUUGCGCGUACACAGCUUUGCUCCUCAAACGGUGCAUGGAAUCCAACAGCUUAGUCAAAACAUACCCUGAUGUCGGAGAACUAGCGUUUGGCUCCAAGGGAAGAAUACUGAUGACCCUACUCAUGAAUAUUGAACUCUACUUCACUGUCAUUGGGAUGCUAAUCAUAGAAGGAGAUAACAUCGGAAGAAUAUUUCCAUUUCAUAUUGCAGGGCUAAAUAUCAAAGCGAAGCAAGCCUUUGUCGCGCUCGUCGCCCUCAUUCUCUUGCCCACAACAUGGCCAAAAAACUUGCGGAUUCUUUCUUAUUUGUCUUUGGGCAGCAUUUUGGUUUCUUUCUUUGUAUUAUCUUCUGUCUUUUGGGUGGGAGCUGUGGAUGGAGUUGGAUUCAAUGAAAAAGGAGAGAUUUUUAACUUUAGUGGGAUGCCGACUACUUUAAGUCUUUUUGUGUUCUCCUAUGGCGGCCACACUAUAAUGCCUACCAUCUUCUCCUCCAUGGAAAACCCAGCAAAUGUCACCAUAAUAUUUGCCAUUGCCUUUACAUUAUGCACCAUUCAUUAUGUACUAAUGGGGAUCAUCGGCUACUUGAUGUUUGGUGAGGAAACAAAUUCAAUAAUAACACUUAAUCUACCAACAAAUUUAGUGGCAUCCAAGAUUGCAACAUGGACCGUUAUAGCAGUUCCGGUAGUCAAAUAUGCAUUAGCCAUAAUGCCGGUCAUUAAUUCAUUGGAGGAGUUAUUUAAAAUUGAAGGAAGAGUAAAUAGCAUCUUGCUGAGAACAUCCGUUGUCAUCAGCACUGCUGUAAUUGCAAUUGCAGCGCCAUUUUUUGUAUACGUGAUAUCAUUAACAGGGUCGUUAAUAACAGGGGCAGCCACAAUAUUUCUGCCAUGUUUUUGUUACCUGAAAAUAUUCAGUUCUGCGAAGCAAAGGGGAGCAGAAACUAUGGUGAUAUUUUGUAUUAUUGUAGUUGGAGUAAUAGUUUCAUUAUCAGGAACUUAUGUUUCUAUAAAGAAUAUUGUAAAAGAUAUUGAUUAA